UUAGUGAUAAAAUCCCAAUGGAAAAAGUUAGUGGCGGCUGUGGAGUGGUUGGAGCUUUAACCAGUUUUACCAGUUCGGAGUUGAGACCGCUGUUCGUAUGUCGAUGGCUAAGAAACCUGUCAAAUACUCGGUGGUGGACGCGUUUGCUGAGUCAGCGUUCAAGGGGAAUCCUGCAGCUGUGUGUUUCUUAGAGGAAGAUAGGGACCAUCACUGGUUGCAAUCUGUUGCCGCCGAGUUCAAUAUCUCCGAAACCUGUUACUUAACUCGCAUUGCUGAGUCUGAUGACAACCUUAACUCGCUCCAUGGAAACUCUAAUCCCCGUUUUCAUCUCAGAUGGUUUACUCCUGUUACUGAGGUGAAACUUUGUGGCCAUGCCACAUUAGCUGCUGCACACACUCUAUUUUCAUCUGAUUUGAUGGAUGCCAAUAUUAUUGAGUUUGUGACACUAUCUGGAGUAUUAACUGCCAAAAAAAUCCCGGCUAUCAAUAUCACUGGUGCCUCAAACUUGCAAAAUGGUAAAGAUGAGGAUGGAUUUUAUAUUGAAUUGGAUUUUCCUGCUGACCCUAUUACAGAGGUCAACUUUGAUGAGACUUCACUAAUUUCUGGGGCUUUGAACGGUGCUUCCAUAAUUGAUAUAAAGAAGUCACAAAUUGGAGAUGACUUACUUGUUGAAGUCACAUCUGGAAAAAUUGUAACAGAAGUACAGCCACAACUUGAUGCAAUAGUUAAAUGUCCUGGAAGGGGGAUAAUUGUUUCAGGGAUUGCUCCUCCUGGAUCGGGAUUUGACUUCUACAGUCGAUUCUUCUGCCCGAAAUUUGGAAUCAAUGAGGAUCCUGUUUGUGGGAGUGCACAUUGUGCCUUAGCAACCUACUGGAGCAAGAAGCUGGGGAAGUGUGAUUUCAAUGCUUAUCAGGCAUCACCAAGAGGGGGAGUUCUGAAUAUUCAUCUUGAUGAGAGGAACCAAAGAGUGCUUUUGCGUGGGAAGGCUGUUACGGUGAUGGAAGGGUGUCUUCUGGUCUAGUCAUGUUCCUACCGUUGCAGAAUAUGUUGUAAUUGGAGUACUGAACUGUUAUGAUGCUUUAUCAAAAAAAAUAAAAAUCUCAGCUUUCUGUAUUUGAUACAUAUAAACCUGGGUGUGCAGUCCGUAUAAUAGUCACAUUUGUUGAGUUGAAUAAAUUGGUCUGGUUAUCACUUUUGAUAGCAGAUCCUCUACCCCAAAUCCCACCCAAAAAAAAUAAAAUACUUAUUAUUUUCAAAUGGUAAGCAAUUGUUAAUUUAAUUUACAGUUUAUUGUUCAUAUGUAUGUAUUUUAGCAUAAUAUCAAUUUGUUAAUUUUCUUAUCAGCUGGUGAGAUUUUUUAUUUCCCUCAAAAGUUGAGAGGUUGAGCCAAAUCCCUUCUCUUUUAUGGUUGCAUUAUUGGACAUUUAUUUUGAAAUACUGAAGGAGCAUGCGGUUUGAGAGUCUCAUUUAGUGAUUAGAUUCGAUUAUGAGUGGCAAAAGAUUAGAGCAUUCAAUUUAACUACAUCCAUGCGAGGUUAAUGUGUGUGUGGACUGUUUUGCAAAAUUUUAAGAGAUUCUGUGUAAGACAUAAGUCUACAACAGAUCAUUCAAGGGAAAUAGAAAGAAGAACAUGUAAAGCUAUAUUUUUAUAUGCUUUGUAGGUGGAUGCACAACUAGAAGAAUUUCAUUAGUGGUGAAAGUAUGUACCUGCGGAGGAACAAUGGGGUGAUCCAUUAGAGUAUGUUGCAGGAUACAAUUGAGAAUGCUGAGAGAAUUCGGAGCUACUUGCAGAUCUCUUAGGAGAAUAGGAUGUAGAUUGUUAAAUUUUGUGUAACUUAUUUGUUGCUUUGGAACUUUUUGCACUCCUUAUUUAUUAUAAAAAAAAGAAGAAGCAUGCUUCUAUAUAUGUCAUAAUGACAUAAAAUCAAGUAUUUAUGACAUAAAUAAAUGGGGAGAUAAUUCAUCCUCUACAUAUAAGAAGCACCUUAUUCCCUUGUAUCCUCAAUGGUCUCCUGCAUUCUAUACUCUAAUGGACCACCCCAAAAUUCCUCCGCAGGUACAUACUUUCACCACUUAUGAACUUAUUCUGAUUGUGUAUACGGUGACAAAGCUUCUAAAAAAAACAGCUUCACACAUGUUUUUCUUUCUAUUUACCUUGAAUUAUUCGGUUGCAGACUUAUGCCUUUGAAGCAAACUGCCCCAAGUGUCAAAAGAAGGUGAAGAAAUUGCUAUCAAGACUGGAUGGUGUUUCCACCAUCAAGGUUGAAGUAGAUGAAGGAAGAGUGACAGUGAAGAGUACAUUCAAUUCUAAUAGGCUUUCUUCGAUCAUUAGAGAAACCAUUAAAGAACAGGGAUAUUCAUGUGAAGCCCGGAUACCACAACCAAAUGACCAAGAGAAUAAUAGCCACAUGCCAAUUGCUGCUGGUAUUGGUAUUGGUCAGAAUGUAACGAGCCCUAAUCUUAUAGUACGGGUUGGGCUAAGGGACAAGGAAGAAACUAGUACAGCCCACUAAGCUCUUUGACUAUAAACUGGGCUGAGGAUAUUUUAAUUCAAUUAAGUCCUAAUAGUAAUGUUUGUAAUUUCUGCCAUUAAAGGCCCAUUAGGUGCCAUAUUGUAAUUUCUGCUGUUAAAGGCCCAUUAGGUGCCAUAUCCUAGGGUGUAAUUGAUAUAGUCACGUUGAAGCAAUG